ACAUUUUGGGUUGAUGUUUGUCAAUUUAUAGAUCAUUAUAUUAAUGUGGAUUUUACUUUCUGUUUUGAAAAUGUCUUAUCUGGGUUUACUAAUUUUACUUUGAACUUUGAGCCUUUGGGAACUUGUUUUGUUUCUGAUAUCAAACCUUGACUGACAUAUCCAGCAACCGGCAGCAGCCCGUCCUCGGACACACUCACAGCCAAUCAGAGAACACCCCUGAGAGACUCUUGCCUCCAUUGGCUGAGGAGUGUCAGUGGGUGGGAUGCUGGGCGGACCGAAGUUUGGAACCGGGAACGAGUGGACCCGGUGAGAGACCCGAGAUUGGGAGCAGAUCCCCGGGUAAAGGCUGCAACAGCGGCCGGAGUUUUGAAUCCUUCCGAUGGUGGAGGUGAAGUUUCGGGCGGAGACACCGUGAGAUGUUUCAAUCACACAGGGGGUGCCCGGUCUUUACCCGCCGUGGAUCGGGGCCUGUUGUCCGGAGUUUCCUCCCGGUCCUAUCUCCUGCUGCUGGGAUCCGGGAGCUGGCCCGCAGCGGCUGCCGAUGGAACUCCGGUGUGUGAGCGCUCCCCUGUGCAAAAGGACAGGCUGAAGGUCAAGGGAGAACCAGGCGCAAAGAAUAUCAUCACAAGGCCAAAAUGUACACUUCCCUAUUAAGCUUCAGAGUGGGCAGUGCUGCCGGCCUUUCUGUUACUUUCAUGCCCCAACGGAUCAACUCGCCACCCACUCAGCAGUAUCCAACAAGGUGUUCUGCUGAGGAGAAUGCCCACAGGACAGCCCUGCACUGUCUUCCUAAUGACCCUUACCUCUGCUGGUGGUCACGCUUCUCCUGUCCGAAGCUUGUACUCUGGGUGUGGCCAUCUCUUCAGAUGUUUCAUUGAUAGUAUCUUCAGGCUCCCGAAUGACCCUGAGUACAUCCAACUCCCUGAACCAGUCAGUCCGGCGCUGUAAUUGGGUGCACUUCCUGUAAAUAUUCAUCUGAAAACUGUCGGAUGUCCAGAGUUCCCACAUCUGACUGGAGGAGCAUCCCAUCCUGACUGCUCUGCACCAAAAUACACCACUGUCUGAAUGAAUUAACAUAUGCAAGAAAACAUCGAACGUGAAUGGGUCAAUGACAGUGGAAGUAGAGUGAUCAAUUGUCUGUGUUUUUGUCAUGAGGUCGAAGGAAUAGAGGCUGCCAUUUUGUGAAGCUGCUCUGUAACCCCCAUUUUGUGAACUGAUUGCUAUGGGAUAACCUGAUCAGAUCAACUUUACACAAGAAGUUACUGGUAUUCCCAUUGUAAGCCUGAAAUCACUCUCACAUAAACUGUCUAUUAUGUACACUGUCAGGUUUUCAGAAGUAAUCUCUUUAUCUCUGAACCUGAAGUCUCUCUGAGAUAAGGUAUGGAUUAUGUACAGUGGCAGGUCUGCAGAAGGAAUCUCGUUAUCUCUGAACCUGAAGUCACUCUGAGAUAAGGUGUGUAUUACGUACAGUGGCAGUUCUGCAGAAGGAAUCUCGAUAUUUCUGCUGAGCGUCUGAGCGACACAGUUUGUCUGUUUGAAACCAUAGUGGAGGAGAACAAAAUAAAUUACCUUUGGCAUGAUGUUGUGUAGCCCUUGGACUACAUCCAAUGGAAAUCUGUUAGUCAUCAGCCUGAUGGACUUCAGCCAACAAGAAUGAGAUGCGUCCUCUGAACUGAUAAGAGUUGUUUCAAAUGUUUCAAAUCAUGCUUGUUUCAAAACAAGUAAAGAGUUUCAAAUGCAAAGGUGUGAUAACUCCUGAGACUAACUAUCACAAGGAAGAACCCCCAAGGAAGGGGCUGGAGGAGAAAUGAUCGAUCAUUUGGAUACAAUGGGAUCCCCUGUUGCAAUGUUGUGAAUUUGAGAAGUGGUCAGGGUGUGUAUUAGUACAGAGGGAGCAGUGGAAUUCAUGUUUUAAGUUGUUAGCCUGGGGUCAACGUAGUUAUUUUGUUGUUUGUGUAGGAAAAAUAAAAUGCGAGCUGUGAUUAAUUACGAGUUGCCUGGUGAGUUUCCAAACUGAUCUCAGUUGAUGAACGGUGAACAUAUUUUCGCGCCCUGGGUGAACUCGAAAAGAAAGAAAAGUGGUCUGGGACCCUGGUGACGAGUUGAACCACACAGUAGGUUAGGAUAUUAAAAUGUGAAAGGGAAAGGACAGGCAGAACCCAAGGAUUCAGAGGAUUUCAGAGAUUACUUUCAUGGUUAAUUAUGAAGGAACUGGUCAGAUAAUGAGGAGUGGUUAGAAAAGUUUGACAGCCAAGGGUCCGGGACUGUGGAGGAAGAAUUGUGAAAAGUAGUUAGUGAAAAUAAAUUAAAGAAAUUACAGGGGAUUAAAAAUAUUGUAAUGUGAUGUUUGUUGGAUGAUCCAAUUGAAGUGAAGGGAGAAAAAACUGAAACUGGCGGAGGAAUUGUGUAAGUGUAGGGAAGAGUUAGAAAUUCUGACGGAGCAGCAUCAGGUGAAUUUGAUCCACGUAAGUCAGUUUCAGGCUCAGUGUGAAGCGUUAACAAGAGAAAAUGAGAAAACUGAAGAGGAGUAUAAACAGGCGGAUACAGAAUUAGAGAAAGGAAAAGUCAGGGUCGGGAUUUACGGCUGUUGUGAAUGUCAUGAAGAAAUCGGCAGAUGAGAGGAAAGGCUGCGCUGAUCGCAAGUGUUUAAAGCAGAUGGAAAAUCUGCAAAGUGAACUCUCAGCUCGGAGAGGAGUGAUAUCUGCGAGGACUGACGAUGAUGGUGAUGCAGAUUGGGGUGAUUUAACGUAUGAAGAGACGCUGAUGAGGUAAUCGUAGCCUUUGACGUGGGUCAGAUAUGAUCAGGUAGUGUCCAAAUUUCAUAGAGUGUUUCAACCCUUAACCUCUACACUGUCCAGCUGGUGGAUCAGAAGUCAGGGCCAAGUCACUGCCCAUAUAACCAUAUAACAAUCACAGCACGGAAACAGGCCAUCUUGGCCCUCCUAGUCCGUGCCGAACCCUUAAUCUCACCUAGUCCCACCUACCCGCACUCAGCCCAUAACCCUCCACUCCUUUCCUGUCCAUUCCUCCCAUCUGUUCCUGACCUCGAGCUCAACCCCUCUCUCCAGCUCCGUACCCAGUAUGGGGCUCUUUCUGCUCCCUCCCCCAUCCUGCUUCCUUGUUGUUCUUUUCAUCAAAGCCCAGCACAGACAGUAGCCUCCAUGCUGGCCGUAACGGGAACCCACUACAGUCGAUCUCCAUGAGGAACAGCCACGUCCGCCAUCCUUUGUCCCUGCACUCCGGGACUAACAGUGUCAAAGCCAGGAUUACUGGGGAAGUGGCCCGCCUCCCAGCAGGUUUUUCCGAGAGUGGGUGGAACCUUCAACACCCAUUGCCCCAAUGGUACCUGUAGUAAUGGAGGGACUGCAGGACACACCAGAGCCGGGGGUGUGGGGCUUGUGUGACACGGUAUUCUGACCCUUUGACGUGGCCCAAUUGAGUGCUGGAGUGGUGAAUGAGAUGAUUCUCGGAAACUUUCCCAGUGCUUCCAGCAGACAGGAUAACUCACGGUUUAUAUGAAACGGAGGAAGGGAAGCUAACCCUUCUCUGUCUAACUUUAGCUUUCCCUUCAGCCCUGCCGGAGGAACAGGCACCCUCCCAGGGGACAUGGGGUGAUGUUCAGAAGGCACCAUUAGAAGCUGCUGGACUAAUAGAGGUGACAGUGAGGUUUUGCAUAACUGCAGCCGGUGGAAAGAACAGAAAAGAUGUUCAAGACUUUUGACAUCUUGGUUAGAGUCCCCCAAACACAAACUAAUCCAAGAGUUCAUACUCUCGAGGAGAAUGAUAACAGCAUGGGCUGCUUUUACAUUUCAUUCCAAGAGAUCGCCUGUAGGACAGUGCGGACAGGUCACUGGACAGAGAAAAUGCCUGCAAUGUUGGAUAGGUACAGAAGUGUGGAGAAAAUACUGUACGUGUUCAUCGCCGUCAUUGGAGUUCCUGUGAAUUUAUUGGCGAUUGUGAUCCUGUCUCGGGGAAAGUGCGGCCUCUCUACCUGCACCAUUCGCUACCUGGUGGCCAUGGCAGCGGCGGAUCUACUGACCAUUUUCACCGCGGUCAUUCUGGGGCGAAUCAAAUCCUAUUACUUCAGGUGGAGUUUUCUGAGCAUCACUCCUGUGUGCAGUGUUAUCGAUGUACUGAGCUUCACAGCCACACACUGUUCUGUCUGGUUCACCGUCGCUUUCACCUUUGACCGGUUUGUCGCCAUUUGCUGUCAGAAGCUGAAAACAAAAUAUUGCACCGGGAAAACUGCGGCUGUGGUUCUAACAACAAUCGGCGCACUGUUCUAUAUGGAAAAUGUUCCCCGAUACUUCACACGGCAACCCAGGGUGAUCAUCGACAAUGUACCGUGGUUCUGUGAUCUCAGGGACAAUGUUUUCACUGACCCCGGGUGGAUAGGAUAUGACUGGGUCGAUACGAUUUUAGUUCCAUUCCUCCCUUUCGCUGGGAUCCUGCUGCUCAACGCUCUGACAGUCAGACACAUUUUAGUGGCCAGUCGGGUCCGUAAGGGGCUGAAGGGUCAGAGCAAGGGGGAGAACUGCAGUGACCCGGAGAUGGAGAACAGGAGGAGGUCUGUGAUUUUACUCUUCACCAUCUCCGGCAGCUUCAUCCUCCUGUGGAUGACAACUGUUGUAAAUUUCAUAUAUUAUCAGGUCUCAGGGGAAGGAUUCAGUUUCAAUGAUUCUGAAUGGAUCUUUAUCUACGUCGGGUUUUGCUGAGUGAUUUCAGCUGCUGCACCAACACGUUUAUUUACGCGGUGACUCAGUCAAAAUUCAGGGAACAGAUAAUUAGGACGGUGAAAUAUUCUGUCCCCUCGGUGCUUCAUUUUAUUAAUAAAGCUGCGUCCUGAGCCCAAGCCGGACGCGACCACAAUUUCUCCAGUCCGGAGGCAAACUUCUCACAUUCACCGCCUGAUCUCGCAGUUGUUAUUCCGGGGCCGACUGUCCGACUGACCAGCAGGUCCGGGACAUUAGGAUAGUGUGUUUCUGGGGAGGGGCAAAGCACUGUCCUGGUCUCGCCAGAUGUCAGUCAACGAACUACUCUGAAAUGCCAGCCAUCCAUUGGUCUGGGAAUAUGUCCAUUUAUCCCUAUUCCCGCCCUCCAACCUCACAGACCGAC